CUGAUCCAGCAGCUGGCCGAGAGCGACCCCAACCGCUACGGAACCCCUCCCGCCUUGAAAUCGGCCAUCGACGCCCUCCCUACCGUCAAGAUCACGGGCGAGGCCCUGAAUUCCGAGAUGAAUCAAUGCAUUGCAGUGUCCCCUACUUCUCCCCUGGCCCUAUCUUACUACCAGAAAAAACAGAGUACCCAAAAACAGAGGGUGGAAAGCAAGAAGAAGAAGAAGAAGAAGAAGAAGAAGGAUACAACCCAGAAGCGGGAAACAAGUUCUCUUUUCAGUGCUUCCUCCCUCGACAACGCCUAUUUCGGCGGAAGUUACUAUUGGUUCAAUAGCGACUGCAAAGAAGGACGAGAAGUCGACGAAGACAGAAUGGAUUACAGGUGCAUGCCACUUGACUGCUCUCCAUUUGUCAAUUUGAAGAUUAAACAGUAA